AUGUCCGAAUCUAUCCCAUUUGUCAAAUCCAAACAUGUCAAUUUCAUUACUGAACAAGAAUCACAUAGAUCAUUUGAAUAUUGGUUAAGUGAGCAUUUACGAAUGAAUGGAUUAUAUUGGGGAAUUACUGCAUUAAUAACCAUGAAUGAAUUAGAAGUAUUACCAAAAUCAGAAGUAAUUGAUUAUGUAUUUUCAUGUUGGGAUGAAAAAUCAGGAGCUUUUGGAUCAUUUCCUAAACAUGAUGCACAUAUGUUAUCUACUUUAUCUGCUUUACAAAUAUUAUCUAUAUAUGAUCCAAAAUUAUCCAAUAUAUUACCAAUUGAAAAGAAGGACAAAUUGAUUAAAUUCAUUACUGGUUUACAAUUACCUAAUGGUAGUUUCCAAGGAGAUAAAUACGGAGAAGUAGAUACAAGAUUUGUGUAUACUGCUGUUUAUUCAUUAUAUUUAUUGGGUUCAUUAACUAAAGAGAUUGGAGACUCAGCAAGUCAGUUCAUUCUUAAGUGUUUCAAUUUUGAUGGAGGAUUUGGAUUAGUUCCAGGUGCUGAAAGUCAUGGAGCUCAAGCAUUCACAUGUAUUGGAACAUUAGCUAUUACGAAAAAUUUGGAUUUGAUUAAUGCUAAAGAUAAAUCUAAACUUGUUGAAUGGUUGAUUGAAAGACAAACUGAUACAGGUGGCUUCAAUGGUAGACCAGAAAAAUUACCGGAUGUGUGUUAUAGUUGGUGGGUACUUUCAAGUUUAGAUAUGUUAGAUAACAAAGAUAAGGUUGACUUAGACAAGUUAGAGAAGUUUAUUUUAAGUUGUCAAGAUUUAGAAAAUGGUGGAUUUAGUGAUCGACCAGAUAAUCAAACCGAUGUAUACCACACAUGUUUUGCCAUCACUGCUUUAUCAUUAAUUAACCACAAAAAGUAUAAUUUCAAACAAAUUGAUCCAAUCUAUUGUAUGCCUAUAGGAAUUGUAUAG